AUGGCGUGUAUCACCCGAAACCCUCGAGCAUGUGCUUGCUUUCAGCAGGCUUGGCUAGUCAUCGUCGCCGUCCUCGUCUUCGUCUUCGACUUCGUCAGCAACAGCAGCCACCACGGCAGCACACAGCAACUGCCACCGCAGCACUCUGUCGUCAGCGUUCUGAUUGGUGUUUACCUCCGUCUCUCGUUAUUCGCCUCUGCAGCCUCUGCAACCUCUGUUCCACAUCUUCUCGCUCUGAGCGUUCGUAGUCACUCGUGCUUACGCUUUGUCACUACUCGACCUACUUCUUUGAUCAAUUCGCUCACGCGAAUCUGCGCGUUCGUGAUUAUUCUCAUGCCGCCACAGUGUCCCCGCUGUAAAAAACCGGUGUACGCCGCCGAGGAGCGAGUGGCCGGCGGAUACAAAUAUCAUAACGUGUGCUUCAAAUGCUGUAAGCGAUGUGUUUUUGCAUUGUGA